UGUAGUGUACGAGUGCGACUCCGCCCCGCCGCGACGUCCGCGUGUAUCAAACCAAGGAAACACCAGCGCCGGACUGCCAAACUGCUGUCAGCUGUGUAAGGACCCCUUCACUGCACUCCAGACGAACAGACACACGCAACGUCCAACCCGGAAGGCAACAUGAACCGCUUUAAGAUCUCCAAAUUCAAAAACACCACUCCGAAAAUCGCCAAGAAGGACGAAUGGAUCAAUAAUGUCCGUGCUGGAUCUUUUGCUGGCCAGGGGAACCACAUCAAGGCCAGCUCCAAGUUGGUGGCCUUUAACACUGAGCAGGCCGGGGGCAGCAUACUGGGCCUGUCAUCAGUGAAGCCUGCAGCAGAUGGCCAAUGGACGGUCACUAACAUCCCCUGUCAUUCCGAUCUGGUCACUGACUUGGACUUUUCUCCUUUCGACGAGUGUCUCCUGGCAACGUGCUCCGCGGAUAAAACGGUGAAGCUGUGGCGUUUAUGCAAUCCAGACCUGGAUCAGCCCACAGACCCGGAGCUCAUCCUUCACCCCGGCCAGGGCAGGCUGGAGCUGGUGCUUUUCCACCCGACCUCUUCGGGUUUGCUGGCCGUUGGUUCCUCCAAGGGUGUGCUUAUUUGGGACACAAACCGCCAGGAGGCACCUUUAGCUGUUCUGGAGGAGCACGCUGACCAACUGCAGAGUCUGAGCUGGAAACAGGACGGUUCCCUGCUGGCUUCCACGUGCAAGGACAAGAUGCUGCGAGUGUUUGACCCCAGGGCCCAGCUGAAACCUGUUCAGAGCGCCACCUGCCUGCAGAACAACAAAGAUUCCCGCACCUUGUGGGCCAAAGAUGACCUCCUGUUUACCACCGGCUUCGAUAGGAUGCGUAGCGGAGAGGUGAAGCUUUGGGACAGCAGGAAGUUGUCUUCUUCAUUGAGCUCCGUUACCAUUGGCACAACCAGUGGGACAUUGAUUCCUCUCUUUGAUGGCGACACUGGUCUGCUGGUGCUGGCUGCCAUGGGCUACACUGCGACUGAUUGUUUCGAAGUAUCCACCUCGGAGCCCUUCCUCACUCAAGUAAGCCACUGUCUGACCGACUCGUCGACACGCGGCGUCGCCACGGUACCCAAGCUGGCGUUGGACCUCCUGUCCUGCGAAGUGAUGCGUGUGCUCCAGCUGACGGACAACUGCAUCAUACCCAUCAGCUAUCAAGUCCCUCGCAAGAGUUCGGCCCACGACUUCCACGCUGACCUUUACCCCGACACGGCGGGUGUGACCCCGGCAAUGACCGCCGAGGAGUGGUGGGCGGGAGGAAACAAGCAGGUGCAAAGAGUCAGCCUCCAUCCAGACAAGCAGCUCAAAGCCAAGGCGACAGCAGCCAAUCAGAAGCCUGCAAAGAAGGACCUCAUCAGUGGAGACACCAAGGAGGGGACUCGUGGUUGUUCCACCUCCAGCAGUCCUCUGAGCUCCCCCAGCACCAGUGCCGCUGCAUCCUGCUCGCCGUCGUCCACUUCGGGUCUCUCCUCUGGCUUCCUCCCCUCACCAAGUCCCAGCCAGGGGGCCAAAGCUAUCCAGAACUUCCUAGGACCAAGCUCCAAGUUCCGUCACAUCCAGGGUGCGGUGGCACACCGGGACAUGCACAUCACCAACAUACGAGACCUCAACCUGACCACGCCGGGCGAGUGCGACGGCUUCUGUGUCAACCGUCAACGCGCUGCCGUGCCCCUCGGCAUAUCCGGUGGACAGGUCGCCAUCUUCGAGCGCGAUCAACCCGGAAGACUGCCCGACUCGUCUCUGCCCACCGUCCAGAACUCCGUCAACGUGGUCGACCUUUGCUGGGACCCUUUUGACGUGGACCGACUCGCCGUGGCUGGUGAUGAUGCAAAGAUCCGAGUGUGGAAAAUACCAACCGGCGGCCUCAAAGAGACGCUGACCGAGCCCGAGCUCAUCUUGCAAGGUCACACGGAGAAAAUCUACUCCAUCAAGUUCCACCCUUUGGCCAGUGGCCUGCUGGUGUCUUCGUCCUAUGACCUCACCCUCAGACUGUGGAACAUGGAGGAUGGGGAGCAGGUGAAGCUCCUCACUGGACACCAGGAUCAGGUGUUCUGCAUGGCUUGGAGCCUGGAUGGCAAGCUGCUGGCGACCGUGUGCAAAGAUGGAAAAAUCCGCAUCUACGACCCCCGCAAGUCCACUGCACCUGUGCAGGAGGCUCCUGGUCCUGAGGGCCACAGAGGAGCUCGUGUGGUGUGGGUGUGUCAGGGCAAGUACCUGCUGGUGUCUGGAUUUAACAGCUGCAGUGAGAGAGUCCUCUACUUGUACUCCGCCGUCUCCCUGUCCUCCGGAGUGGUAGCCAGCGUCUCCUUGGACGUCUCCCCCUCAACGCUGAUCCCUUUUUACGACCCCGACACCAGUGUGGUCCUCCUCACUGGGAAAGGGGACACCAGGGUGGUGAUCUACGAAGUCCUGCCUGAAGAGCCUUACUUCCUGGAGUGCUGCAGUUUUAACAGUCCUGGGCCGCAUAAGGGUUUGGCCUUCUUGCAAAAGUCGGAGUGCAACGUGCGUGAAGUGGAGAUAGCUGCAGCGCUGAUGCUAACCAAGACCUCCUUGGAGCCUGUGGUCUUCAAGGUGCCAAGGGUCAAGAAAGAGUUUUUCCAGGAUGAUGUGUACCCAGACACGAGCGUGUGCUGGGAACCGGCACUGACCGCCUCGGCCUGGCUCGGCAACAUUGACGCAAAGCACAGAAAGAUCAGCCUCAGGCCUGCUGACAUGGCGCCCGUGAGCGAAGCCCCCAAAGAGGCCCCAGUGAGGAAGUACAUGCCCUCUUCCUUCUAUCUGGAGGAGAAGACUGAUGAGCAGAAGAAAGAGGAGCUCCUGGUUGCCAUGGUCGCCAAGUUGGGAAACAUGGACGACCCGUUACCGCAGGAGUCCUUCGAGGGGGUCGAUGAGGACGAGUGGGAUGAUUAAAAGUGGAGCGGGGGCCCAGUGUAAAGUCGUGUACGUGCUCACACCCACACACUGUAUCACUCCGAGGAAUCUGCACCAUUCAAAAUGGUCAUUCAGUCACUCUGCUGUCUUUAUAUAAACCUUAUGGAUUGUUCAAGUCUUAAAUGUGCAACAAAACGUUCAGGGAUUCAAAAAAAACAACAAUAACUUCUUUCAAAAUGUGCAAGUGCCACAUCAUUAGGUACACAAUCUAAGAUGUUUACUAUUCCGGAUGUGUCUUUAUUGUUAUACUGCUUGCUUUUACCUAACACUCUUAUUAUGUAAGCACAAUCGAUGAAAUAUGUUUUUAUGCUUGAUGAGCAAGCAGACAUAAUCAAGGAUACAACAGGGUUCAUAUUUGGCUGAACUGGAUUUUUUUUUUUUUUUUAUUAAACAGUGUAGUUUUUCGAAGGUAUUUCAAUUCUAUUGCUGUUGUAUUUGUACCAUUUAUAUAUUUUCUACAUUGGGGGAUCUUCAUUAACUGUAGUUUGGCUCGAGAGGACCUUUUUAACGGGACCACUUCUUUACUCAACAUUUAGUGUACUUUCUCUGUGGGAUCUUUUUCUACGUGGGUGUUUCUUGAUAUGCAACCACACGGUAAAAUGACAGUAUUAGUUCAAAACCCGAAACCAGUGAAUCGGAAAUAAUAAAAACAGAAUACAAUGAUUAGCAAAUUAGUUCCAACUGCAAAGACAAGAUAUUUAAAGUUCGAAGUGAGAAACACAUUUUUUUUGUGUGCAAAUAAUCAUUAACUUAGACCAGGGGUCACCAACCUUUUUGAAACCAAGAGCUACUUCUUGGGUACUGAUUAAUGCGAAGGGCUACCAGUUUGAUACACACUUAAAUAAAUAGCCAGAAAUAGCCAAUUAGCUCAAUUUACCUUUAAUUAACAAAUCUAUAUGUAUUAAAAAAAUGGGUAUUUCUGUCUGUGAUUCCGUCGUACAUUUUUUUUCCUUUUAGGGAAGAUUUUUUUGUACAGAAUAAAUGAUGAAAAAAACACUUAGUUGAACGGUUUAAAAGAGGAGAAAACACGAAAAAAAUAAAAAUUAAAUUUUGAAACAUAGUUUAUCUUCAAUUUCGACUCUUUAAAAUUCAAAAUUCAACCGGAAAAAAUGUAGAGAAAAACUAGCUAAUUCAAAUCUUUUUGAAAAAAUUAAUAAAAGAAUUUAUAGAACAUCAUUCGUAAUUUUUCCUGAUUAAGAUUAUUUUAGAAUUUUGAUGACAUGUUUUAAAUAGGUUAAAAUCCAAUCUUUGUUAGAAUAUUUAACAAAUUGGACCAAGCUAUAUUUCUAACAAAGACAAAUCAUUAUUUCUUCUAGAUUUUCCAGAACAAAAAUUUUAAAAUAAAUUCAAAAGACUUUGAAAUAAGACUUAAAUUUCAGUCUACAGAUUUUCUAGAUUUGCCAGAAUAAUUUUUGGGAAUUUUAAUCAUAAUGAGUUUGAAGAAAUAUUUCACAAAUAUUCUUCGUCGAAAAAAACAGAAGCUAAAAUUAAGAAUUAAAUUAAAAUGUAUUUAUUAUUCUUUACAAUAAAAAAUAAAAAAAAUACUUGAACAUUGAUUUAAAUUGUCAGGAAAGAAGAGGAAGGAAAUUAAAAGGUAAAAAGGUAUAUGUGUUUAAAAAUCCUAAAAUCAUUUUUAAGGUAGUAUUUUUUCUCUAAAAUUGUCUUUCUGAAAGUUAAAAGAAGCAAAUUUAAAAAAUUUAUGAAUUUAUUUAAACAAGUGAAGACCAAGUCUUUAAAAUAUUUUCUAGGAUUUUCAAAUUCUAUUUGAGUUUUUUCUCUCUUAGAAUUAAAAAUGUCGAGCAAAGCGAGACCAGCUUGCUAGUAAAUAGAUACAAUUUAAAAAACAGAGGCAGCUCACUGGUAAGUGCUGCUAUUUGAGCUAUUUUUAGAACAGGCCAGCGGGCGACUCAUCUGGUCCUUAUGGGCUACCUGCUGCCCGCGUGCACCGCGUUGGUGACCCCUGACGUAGAAUUUACUGGCAGCAACAUAUUCCAAAAAAGUUGGCACAGGUGCAUUUUUACCACUGUGUUACAUGGCCUUUCCUUUUAACAACACUCAGUAAACGCCUGGGAACUGAGGACACCAUUUUUUUAGCUUUUCAGGUGGAAUUCUUUCCAAUUCUUGCUUGAUGUACACCAGACCUGGGCAAAUUAAGGCCCGGGGGCCACAAGUGGCCCGUUGAGCUUUUCAAUCCGGCCUGGCCGGACAUUCCCAAAUAAUUUAUUUUAGAUCUUUAAGAUGGAAAGUGUUGCUGCCGUUAUGAUGUGCAGUCAUGUUUUCUAAGUCUUCAACUAUACAAAGUAUUUCAAUGGUUGGAAUCUGCGCUUAUGGAUGAUACACCAGUUACUAUGGUCAUCUAAUUAGUUACUAUGGUCAUCUAAUUAGUUACUAUGGUCAUCUACGUCACAGCAGCUCAGACGAGGCACCAAGCAGUCUGGGCAGGAAGCGUUUCCACAGACGCGGAAGGAGAUUUUCACAACAAAGUUCUAAAGCUUAGUGAUAUAUAGAAUAGAAUAGAACGUACUUUAUUGAUCCCUGGGGGGAAUUCAGCAAAUAUCAGAUGUAUCAGAUUGCAGGUGGGUUUAUUUUGUACCCUUUGCGUUCAUAUUUCACUGUAUGUUGCAUUUUUGUUGCGUUUCGCUUGAUUGUAAAAUGUCGAUCGAAAGCGGGGGUGACGUUCAUAUUUUGUCAAUAUUCAGUGUUUUAUCCUUCAUAGAAUAAUGUAACAUUCCGUUACGUUUUUUAAGGCGGUCUGUCAUAACGUUUUUAGCAUUCAAUCAGACAUUAUUGUGAGGUUUUGUAUUAGUGUUCCUAAAAAUAGAUCUACCGUCCUCCAGACACAUUUUUUCUCUAAAUGUGGCCCUCCGAGUCAAAAAUAAUUGCCCAGGCCUGAUGUACAGCUUAAGUUGUUCAUCAGUCCAGGGUCUCUGUUGUGGUAUUUUACGCUUCAUAAUGCGCCACACAAUUCAGGGGUAGACAGGUCUGGACUACAGGCAGGCCAGUGUAGUACCUGCACUCUUUUACUAUGGAGCUACGCUGUUGUAACACGUGCAGACUGUGGCUUGGCAUUGUCUUGCUGAAAUAAGCAGGGGCGUCCAUGAUAACGUUGCUUGGAUGACAACAUAUGUUGCUCCAAAUCCUGUAUGUACCAUUCAGCAAUAAUGGUGCCUUCACAGAUGUGUAAGUUACCCAUGUCUUGGGCACUAAUACACCCCCAUACCAUCACAAAUGCUGGCUUUUGAACUUUGCACCUAUAACAAUCCGGAUAGUUCUUUUCCUCUUUGGUCCGGAAGACACGACGUCCGCAGUUCCCAAAACAAAUUUGAAAUGUGGACUCGUUAGACCACAGAACACUUUUCCACUUUGCAUCAGUCCUUCUUAAAUGAGCUCGGGCCCAGCGAAGCGUUUCUGGGUGUUGUUGAUAAAUGGCUUUCGCUUCGCACAGUAGAGUUUUAACUUGCACUUACACAUGUAGUGACCAACUGUAGUUACUGAGAGUGGUUUUCUGAAGUGUCCCUGAGCCCAUGUGGUGAUAUCCUUUACACACUGAUGUCGGUUUUCCUGAAAGAUCAAAGGUCAUGGGCAUUGCCGCUUAUGUGCAUUGAUUUCUCUAUGGACCGUAGAUGGUGAAAUCCCUAAUUUUUUUGCAAUAGCUUGUUGAGAAAUGUUGUUCUUAAACUGUUGGACUACUUGCUCACGCAUUCGUUCACAAAGUGGUGACCCUCCCCCCAUCCUUGUUUGGGAGAUUGAGCAUUUCAUGGAAGUUGCUUUUAUAUCCAAUCAUGGCACCCACAUGUUCCCAAUUAGCCUGUUCACCUGUGGGAUGUUCCAAAUACGUUGUUUGAUGAGCAUUCCUCAACUUUCUCAGUCUUUUUUGGCCAUUUGUGCCAGCUUUUUUGAAUAAUGUUGCAAACAUCAAAUUCCAAAAAAUAACAACGGUUCUCAUUUAAAUAUCUUGUCUUUGCAGUCUAUUCAAUUGAAUAUAGGUUGAAAAGGAUUUGCAAAUCAUUGUAUUCUGUUUUUAUUUACCAUUUACACAACGUGCCAACUUCACUGGUUUUGGGUUUUGUAAAAUACAAAGAAGCCAUGACAAAUUACGCAUCUUGUAACCUCUGAUGGACUGAAUUAAAGCCAGCUGUUCAGUCAUAUGCAUGUGAACUGCAGGUGUCCUCAGUGUUUGUGCAAUGAUUUUGCUGUAAGGUUCUAAUGUAUGUACUUGUGCUACUACCCACACGCCACAAUCAUUUAUGGAUACUAACAGGGAAAUAUGAAUAGGUGUAAGAUAUGUUUUUUCCUACAUUGACUUACAUUAAACACAUUCUGACCAAUUUUA